CUCUCCGGUGACAUCGCCGCACCCCAGCCGACGCCAUGACUGCCGUCCUCAACUUCUUGAACGUGCGUCUCCUUCCCAGCCGAGCCCCGCGCGACCCCCACGCGCGCACCGCGACCUCGAUCGCGCGCUGACAUCCGUUCCCGCCGCCCGUCACCGCCGCUGCAGGUCGACGCCCAGAUCCCCCUCACCGAGGGCGGCGAGGUGGACCACACCAAGUCCGAGGGCUUCAAGAAGGCCAAGGCGACCCUGUCCCCGGCCUUCUCGUCCGCCGUCACCGAGUACGUCGUCGACGUUCCCGCGGGAACUACCCACGUCAACGUGAUGGCAACCUCCUUCUCUGGAGCCGCGAUUAAGAUCGCCGACGUCCCCGGUAACAUGUGCUGCGUGGACAUCCGCGGCGGGGUGAGCGCCGUCGCGAUCACCUUGGAGCUCAACGGCGCGGUCGCGGCGACCUACGUCCUCCGUCCCAACGUGACCGCCGAUGCCGCCGACGACGCUCGCGUCGUGAUGCACGAUAAACCGCCGGUUGCGCCCGAGGAUGCGCCGGCGCACGUGCACAUGCACGGCGGCGUGCCCUGCACCGCGGACCACGGCGAGGACGGCGAGCACGGCCACGGACACUCGCACAAGCACGGUCACUCUCACGACGGAGGUAAGACGGAGUGCCACGAGGAUCACGGACACUCGCACAAGCACGGUCACUCUCACGACGGAGGUAAGACGGAGUGCCACGAGGAUCACGGACACGGUCACGGUCACGGAGAGAAGAAGGAAGAGCACGGCCACGGCCACGGCCACGGCCACGGCCACGGAGAGAAGAAGGAAGAGCACGGCCACGGCCACGGCCACGGCCACGGCCACGGCCACGGCCACUGAGAUCCUAAGUGAGAUCUGAUGAGACUUCAGUCAU